AAUACAACAAAAGUAUAAAAUAUUUUAUUAACCAAUUACUUUAAUAUAGUAGUUUAUGUGCGGUACAUUAAUUUACAAACUCCCGACGACUUCGACUUGGUAUAAAAUAGAUUACGAACAAAUAAUUCGAACAGAUCGUCAACAAUGUUGGGCAAGUGCACAUUUCUGGCCAUUUGGCUAUUGCUUUGCUGCUUUGUAUCGCUCAACUCAGGUCAGAUCGAUUGUUCCAAGCGAUUGGAUUACGGUUCCGUAGCAAAAUGUUGUUCGAGACCCAAUUUUAAGUUUGAUGCGUUUCAAGAAAGUUGCGCCAAGUUCAUCCCAAAUGGCAUACCGAGAAUGUCGCCAUGUACACACGAGUGCAUAUACAAUGCGGCCAAGGUAUUAAAUGGCACAGAGUUGAAUGUGGAAAACACAACCAAGAUGCUGAAUUCUCUUUUUUCGAACACAUCGCAGGAUCAUAUCACUGCCUAUGUGCAGUCGAUGAAGAAUUGUUCGGAUAAUGCCGAGAGGCUAAUGAAGCGAAUGAAGAAGAAAGUUUUUGGCCAGGAGAGCUGCUCCAUGCUCCCCAUAUUCAUUAACGUUUGCUCUGGCCACAACCUGUUUGCCCAUUGCCCUGAAGACAGUUGGCACAGCAGCAAAGUGUGCGAGGAGGGACGCGACUUUAUUCUUAAUUGCAAAUGUGAUAAGAACAAGAGUGUGUGUGUCCAGUUUUAA